GGACUUGCCAAAGAAUAAAAAUCUGCUUUAUCUACAUGGCUAAUGAAUGAAAAGUGAAAUUUAUUUUUCAGGGUGGGGUUUUGUAUUUUCCAGUUUUUCAAUACUUUUUGUGAUAUUUUCCCAUGUAUUAUAUACACACUGUUUUAUUAUUUACUUAUUACGUAUAAAAUAAUAAAAUAUACAAAGUUAUCGAUAGAGACAAUUUGUGUAACGUAAUGUGAGGUUAACGAUGUAUUUCUGUUUGUGACAGAUCGUACUUUUUACGGCUUUUAUAAUAAAUUUUAUAGGACUAGUUGCAAGUAAAACGUUUAGUAUUAAUCGAAAUACAUAAAAAGAAACGAGCAGCAGCUUCAAGAAGCAAUGAAGAAGGUGUUACAGAAAAAGUGAGAAAAGAAUUUCAGUCUAUCGAAUUUUGGCAGCCAUUUUAGUUUUCUUGCAAGAUACUUAACAUGCCAUUAUAGCUGUGGCAGUGCAAAAAAUGGCACCCGUGCCUCGCCCGGGUAGCCUACGCGAUCCCGAGAUCGCCGAUCUCUUUUUUAAACAUGAUCCAGAAAAGAUAUUUGAAGAUCUCAGAGAAAUUGGACACGGCAGUUUUGGAGCAGUUUAUUAUGCAAGAUGUCUCCUUACAAGAGAAAUUGUGGCUGUCAAGAAGAUGUCGUAUCUUGGAAAACAGAGUUUAGAGAAAUGGCAGGAUAUCUUGAAGGAGAUAAAGUUUUUAAAGCAAUUGAAUCAUCCUAACACUAUAGAAUAUAAAGGAUGUUACUUGAGAGACAAUACAGCUUGGCUGGUGAUGGAAUAUUGUCUAGGUUCUGCUUCUGAUAUUAUUGAGGUACAUAAGAGGCCUCUAAAAGAAGAUGAGAUAUCUGCUAUUUGUGAUGGGGUAUUACAUGGAUUAGGUUAUUUACAUGAAUUAGGAAGAAUCCAUCGUGACGUCAAAGCUGGCAAUAUACUAUUAACUGAAAAUGGUACUGUAAAAUUAGCGGAUUUUGGUAGUGCUUCAGUUAAAUGUCCUGCUAAUUCAUUUGUGGGUACACCAUAUUGGAUGGCACCUGAGGUUAUAUUAGCUAUGGACGAGGGUCAGUAUGAUGGUAAAGUAGAUGUAUGGUCUUUAGGAAUUACAUGUAUAGAAUUAGCUGAAAGAAAACCACCAUAUUUUAAUAUGAAUGCAAUGUCUGCUUUAUAUCACAUAGCUCAAAACGAAUCCCCCACUUUAUCUUCUUCAGAAUGGUCGGAUGUAUUCAAACACUUUGUAGAAGCAUGUUUACAGAAAUUACCAGUACAGCGUCCAACUUCAUCUCGAUUGUUGAGCCACCAGUUCGUUACUAGAAGUAGAUCACCGAACGUCCUAAUAGAUUUAAUUCAGCGUACUAAAGCAGCAGUUAGAGACUUGGAUAAUUUGAAUUAUAGGAAAAUGAAGAAAAUACUAAUGGUAGAUAAUUGUGAAACAGAAAGUACUAUAGAUGUUGAUGAUACUCCAGACGAACAUACAGGCGGCGAUAGUUCAAAAAGCAAUUCAGUUACCUCCGAACAAAGUGUUCAUUCAGUGGGAGUUUCGGCUAGUAGUCAAUCGAGUAGUACAAACAGUUUACCAGCAGGUGGCGAGGACGGUACAGCCCGGAGACAUCGACAAAUUAAUCAUCCGGUGGCUGUAGUUGUUUCAGAUCAUGGUACCAAUAAUUUUGCUACCAUAAGAACAACGAGCAUAGUUACCAAACAACAGAAAGAGCAUAUGCAGGAGGAAAUGCACGAACAAAUGUCCGGCUACAAGAGAAUGCGUAGGGAACAUCAAAGUGCCUUGUUGAAAUUGGAAGACAAGUGUAAAAUGGAAAUGGAUGCACACAAAAAUCAACUAGAUAAAGAAUACGAAAGUUUAUUACAGAACUUUAGUAAGGAACUGGAAAGGCUGCAGAUAAAGCACCAACAAGAACUCGAGAGAAAGCACAAACAGAACGGCGCCAGCGAAAAGAAAUUAAUUAAAGACAUAAGCGGUCGACAGGAUAUGGAUCGAAAAGCUUUUGAUGCCAAUAGAAAGAAGGAGUAUAAAGCAAACAAAGAAAGGUGGAAACGUGAAUUAUCACAAGACGAUUCAACGCCGAAAAGACAAAGAGACGCUACUCUACAGACUCACAAAGAUAAUUUGAAAUUGGUAGAUGCUCAAGAAGAACAACGUUUAUUGCGUUGUCAGAAAGAGUACCUCGAAUUGGAACUGCGUAAAUUCCGUAGAAAAAAAUUGAUGUCCUAUCAUCAGUUAGAACAGGAAUUGUUGAGGCAGGAGUUGAAUAAGCGUCAACAUCAAUUGGAACAAGCGCAUUCGAUGUUAUUGAGACAUCAUGAAAAGACACAAGAAUUGGAAUAUCGACAACAGAAAGCUGUCCAUGCCCUGAGAGAAGAACAAGUUAAAAAUCAACAUGAUACAGAAUUAGCUAAUCAGGAAGAAUACAUGAAAAGGGCUGAACGCGAAAUGAGAAAAAAACACGCCCUAGAACUAAAACAACAACCUAAAUCUUUGAAACAAAAAGAAAUGAUGGUGCGCAAACAAUUUAGAGAGACGUGUAAGGUCCAAACAAAGCAAUAUAAAGCUCUAAAGGCUCAAAUACUUUUGAGCACACCUAAAGAAAAUCAAAAGGCGGUGAUAAAGAAGUUGAAAGAGGAACAGAGGAGGAAAUUAGCUCUAUUGGGUGAUCAAUACGAGCAGAGUAUCGCAGAAAUGUUGCAGAAGCAAUGUAUCAAAUUGGACGAAAGUCAAGAGUUGCAAUGUCAACAAUUGAAAGAGAGGCUCAGGUACGAAUGGGAAAUUUUGAUAGCCUAUCAAAGUAAAAAUAAAAUGCAGGCCCAAGCGCAAAGGGAUAGAGAAAAGAAUGAAUUACAAGAAAGGGUCGCGGUUAGGAAAUCUCUCCUUGAACAAAAGAUGACUGCUGAAAAUCAGAGGUUUAUCGAAGAGAGAGGUGAAAGGAUAAGAAUUCUCCACGAAAGACAAGAAAGGGAAUUGGAAGAUUUUGAUGAAGAGUCUGUAAGACUGGGAUUUAGUGCAUUAAUGAUAGCUGAGAUGUCGCUAGCAUCUUUGGCAUUAAAUGACAUGUCUCGUGACAGUUACGACGUUGACGACGCCAGUUUAUCGGGUUCGAUGCUCAGUUUGGCGCAUUCAAACAGCUCUACCAGUUUUCCACCUAGUUCCGUUUAAUAAGUGAUGAUCGAUAUUACUUUCGAACAACAACGAAUUUUUUUAAAAAUGUUUUAUUUAAUAAAAAACAAGUUUCGUUUGAUUAUAGACGUUUUUCAUUGUUUGUUUUACAGCUCACAUGAAUUAUUGUGGGAAUCUUGUACUAAAUUUUGAGUUUUUUUAGUUAUACAAGAAAUUUUAGAUGUGAUAGUAGAUUUAUCUUAAUCUAUCCUAUUUGUUAGAGAUUUUCUAUGUCCACUUUGUUUUUUUUUUCUUUACGUUCAAUUAAAUCUUGUCUAUUGGUGACGUUAUAUUGAGAAAAUCGUUAAAUAAAGAAAAAAAAAGAAGCAGUUUAUUGACGUAUACAUCAUUUUAAAGAAUGUGCAAUACUCAAUAGCAUAAAUUCGUUGUUGGUCGAACAGUGAUAUUGAUCCCUUUUUAUUAAAGGUAAAAAUAAAAAAUGUAUAUAUUUAUUUAGUACAUACUACCUGUAAUAUAAUUUUACCAACUUUUAACUAAAAAAUGAUGAAAAAAUAUUCCUUUUUUUAUAUAUAUAUAUGCAUAGAUCUUCCAAACAUAAUCACCGAAUCGUGUUUGAUUUUUUUUUAAUUCUCUUUGUAAUUCCCUCGUAGAUCGGACUUUUUUCGAGGAAAUCUCCGUUGUUUUGAUAUUAUUUUUUCGACUAGUUUGGUCGUUUUGGGAAAAAGAAGUGUAAACACAUUUUUUAUUGUUCCGCUUUCGAUACUCAAUGUUUUGGCUAUUCCUAGUGAAACUGAAACCCAUCUGUUAAAUACUAUAUGCCCAAUUGAACUUUAAAUUGUUAAAAAUAACAAAAAUUGAUAAACCUCAGUCCAAUUUUUAAUUAUUUGAAAGAUGGCAUUUGAAAAUGUUUUCAGGCAUAUAGUUACUGUUCUUAAUGAACAUUUUAUGCUACUUUUCAGAGCAUUAUUGGUUGUAUGUCGUGAAGAAGAAGAAUCCAUCAGAUCAAUCGUUGAAAAUUGAGGUUCACUUCUCGAAAUCAAUUUACCAUCAAAAUUUAAGUUGAAUAACUCCACAUACAAUGAUAUAAAUCGAACCAAACGCUGCGUAGAUAUAAUAAAGUCUUUAUUGGAUUGGUAUAGCUCCUUAUGCGGCCAUUUUAUUCAUUAACAAACUUAUUAUUCCAAAAAUGAUCCUCAUUUUGAGACAAAACAUCAGAUCAGUUUCUAAUUGAUCUAAAAUAAGACCUAUUCAUAUGAGUGUAUGUCAAGAUGAAAUAUGAGAUGAAAUGACCUCAAUUCUUCCGAAUUCGGAUCUUUUUAUAAACUUCAUUUGAACUACUGGGAAUUGAAUUUUUUCUUUAUUAUAAUCGAAGGUUUAUCAGUUACUCAAUGGCGAUAUUUCUUCGACGUUUUGCAUCAAUUAAAGAGUUUGUGAUAUAAAAUCUAUCCGAAAUCGACGAACGGCUUACUCAGACAAUACUCAAACUAUUCAAGAUUACUCGCCAUAGUAUCUUAAUUAUAAAUAUAAACAAAGUGGCAACUAACUCUUUCUCAAGUUCUAUCGAGCUUUACAAAAUACCAAAACAACCAGUAGUUCAGGAAUUUUUUACAUGUCCCUCUCCCAAUAAAUAGAAAUAAAAAAAACUUGAUAUAUCGAUAAAUGUAUCAUAAGCAAUGAAAGUAGAUUAACAUUACAUUUCUCUAUACUUAGUGUCGAACAAGUAAUUUGUUAAAUACUUCUCGUAUCUCAAUGGAUCAUUUGAAAUAGUGGCAAUUGAAUUUUUUUCUUUAUUAUAAUCGUAAGUUUAUCAGUUUCGCAAUGGAUCAUUUGAACUACUGGGAAUUGAAUUUUUUCUUUAUUAUAAUCGAAGGUUUAUCAGUUACUCAAUGGAUCAUUUGAACUACUGGCAAUUGACUUUUUUUACUUUAUUCUAAUAAUAAGUUUAUCAAGAAAUUGGAGUUGGAGCAUAUAUGUUUGUAUUUUAUAAAGUAUACAGCAUAUUUUUAAAUAACCUAAAUUAUUUAUAUUGAAGAUUUUGUGUAUCAUCAACUUUGUGCCUAUUAAUUUUUGACGUUGGGUAUCUGCAACUUCUUAUCAUCCCUGCAAAUAUGUAUUAUACUUUCUCUGACAUUUAAAGAAUAAAUUUUAGAUUGAACUGUAUAAUUUUUUGUAGUUUGAACUAGGAUUCGAUAAAACUAGUGUUUUGUUGAUAGAAUGUAGGAGUUUCCUCGAAUCUGGACGCUAUAUCUUAAUUUUAAUAUCUAAUUAUUAGAUUAACAAAAUUAAAAGACUAAUUUGUACCAAAAAUGUUUGGUAAUACGCUUACUUAUAUAAAAUAAUAUUUGCUAAAAAAAACGUUUAUUGUAAAAAUAAAAGGCAGAAAAUUUAUACCCGCAAUUUCUUUGUUUCAAAUAUGUGAAUGUAGACUUGGAGAUCUUUUGGACCGUAAGAUUUGCUCAAAAAAAUAUAUGGAGUUUUUUAAGUUUUUUUUAAUUUAUAUUUAUAAAAUUCCAAAAAUAGUUUGUUAUGUUGAAAAGGAACAUUUUUUAUGCGUAGGGAUCUCUGCAGUUUUGAUAAAAGACGAGAACGUUCAGUUUUUACGUAAUUCUUUUAAUUUCCUCCUCAACAAAUAUUUAUAUAGUACCUUUAAUUUUUUUGUAGAGCUUGUUUUUCAAGUUUUAAUGCAAGGAAAUCUACAUUACACAUUUAAAACAAAUUAGGUUCAAAAAUAAUGAAUUUUGUUAAAGUAGAAGAAUUGUGAAAUCGUAAAACCAACGAAACAGUGUCAAAUUGACACGUACUAAGAGGAUAUGUGACAAAAACACGUUUUUCCCCUAUAUGUACCCAAAUGAACAAGUUUGCAACCUGUUAGCUUUUCCACAUUAAAAGUAAUGCUGGGUCAUUACGAAUCUUUCAACUACACAACUUCGUUUUAGCAAUAUUCUGAACAUUGUCAAUUUCUAUGGAUUCACUGAUCUCAGAAAUAAUCAAAAUGAUUCAUUUGAACUACUCAUAUAUCACAUCCAAAUACAAAAACCAAGUUUAGUUAUUGGCCAAUAGGAAAUCUUGAAUAUUCUCUUAAUGUGCUAUUUGAACUACUAUCAAUUGAAAUGUAUUUGAACUACCGUUAAUAGGUAUCAUUUUCUCUAAAUGCAAAAACCAAGCUUAGUUAUUGGUAAUGGGAAAUCUUGAUUAUUCUCUUAAUGUGGUAUUUGAGCUACUAUCAAUUGAAAUGUGUUCCACAAAUUAUUUAAAUUGAACUUAAUUUUAGUUAGAUGAUUUUAUUAUCCUUUUUCUGAGUGUAUCAUUUGAACUACCGUUAAUACAAAUUAUCCUCUCUAAAUGCAACAACCAAAUUGAGUUAUCGGUCAAUAGAAAAUCCUGAAUAUUCUGUUAAUGUGCUAUUUGAAAUGAAUUUAAUUCUAGAUGAAUGAUUUAGUUAUUUAUCCUAUUUUUGAGUGUAACAUUUGAACUACUUUUAAUUGAAAUAUAUCCAAAUACAAAAACAAAGUUUAGUUUCUGGUCAAUAGAAGUUCUUAAAUAUUCUCUUGAUGUGCUUGAUGAUGCUUGAUAUUUGAACUACCAUUAAUAGGAAUUAGUUUCUCUAAAUGCAAAAACUAAAUUGAGUUAUUGGUCAAUAUAAAAUUUUGAAUAUUCUCCUUAUGAGCUAUUUGAACUACUAUCAAUUGAAAUUAUCUUAUCCAAAUACAAAAACCAUGUUUACGAGAUCUUUAAUAUUCUAUUAAUGGGUUAUUUGAACUACUAUCAAUUAUUUGUUUUUGCAAUGAUUUAAAUUGUACUUCUUUUUAGUUAGUUUAAUAACCUACUUUUGAAUUAAUCAUCUGAACUACUGUGUAUUGAAAUUAUUUGGUCAUUAAAUUUGUUCAAAUUAGAAAUAAUUAAACUGAAAUUCAAUUAAUGAGAUAAACUUUCUAGUGAUGAAAUUUUUUAAAUGUGUAUUGUAAUUCCUUUUGUUCCAAUAAAAAUAUAAACAUAGUAUUUAAACCUCGGAGCUCAUUAAAGGCGCGAUUUGUUGAAGAUUUUAUGAACAUUUUAGUAUUAAUUAGCAUAUUAUAUAAUUCUUUACUCGGUUUUUUUCAUAAUUAUGUAUUAUAUACCCAAUUAUUUUCUGUGCAAUAUAAAGAGUUUUAAUUUAUGAUAUUCACAUUGUGCUAAGUUUGAUUUAGCAAAAAGUAUAAUAUCCGAUUUUAAUUAUGAGCUCUUGGUUGAAGAAGUGAUACGAAUAAAUUUAUAUAAAACCACUAUUGAGACUAGGUAAUUAUCGCCAAAAUAUUUGUUUUCUUUUUAGUGUAUAUAUUUAUAUCGUUGUCUUUUGCCUGGAUAUCUUUUUUAAUAGUAAAAAAAAUUUGUAUAAAUUUGUAAUUUUGUUAGAUUAUGUUUUAGUAUUGUAUAGUAAGUUAAUAACAUCUUUUUUCAUUGAGCAUUAGCAGUAUUUAUUAUGAUAAAUUUAGUUAUUGUAUUGUAAAUAAUAUGUUGUUGAAAACUUCUUUAGUGUCAAAGGUCUAUUAAUAAUGUUUUUUUUAACUUGAAUUAUAGUUUUCAGCUCCAAAUAAA